AUGUCGAAAGCCUUCGCGAUCAUCGCAGGUGUAGGCCCGGGCACCGGAGCCUCUCUAGCCCGCAAAUUCGCUCUCAGCUACCCCGUCGCCCUCCUCGCCCGCAACCCCGACAACUACACCUCUCUCGUCGACGAAAUCAACAAAUCAGGCGGAAAAGCCAUUGGCAUCUCUACCGACGUAGCCUCCUCACCCUCCAUCCAAUCCGCCAUCUCCGAAAUCAAAGAAAAGUACGGCGACAAGUGUGCAGCGGCUGUUUUCAAUGCCAGUGGCCCAUUUGCCAGAAAGAGUAUCCUCGAAUUGACGGAGAAGGAAUUUACAGGUGGAUACGAGGUUUCUUGCAAAGGAGCGUUCUUGUUUUCGCAACAGACGUUGCCGUUGUUGUUGGCGCAUACCAAUGAUGAGGGUGCGAAGUAUCCGGGUACUUUGAUCUUUACUGGUGCGACUGCGUCUGUAAAGUCUAGUGCUUUGAUGUCGGCUUUCAGUACUGGCAAGUACGCAAUGCGUGCGCUGUCUCAGAGUAUUGCGAGGGAGUUUGCGCCAAAGGGUGUUCAUGUGGCUCAUGCUAUCAUUGAUGGUGUGAUUGACAUUCCAAGGACGAAGGAGUGGUUGAAGGACAUGCCACCAGAGGCAAAGAUUGAGGCCGAUGCUAUUGCUGAGGCAUACUGGAACUUGCAUACACAGGGCAAGAGGGCUUUCACCAAUGAGAUUGAUAUCAGACCCAUGCUAGAGAAGUGGUAA